GUCAGUCCUUGUCAGUUGUAUCGACUCUGGGCGGUUCCGUCCUGACUUGCUCAACUUGAGGAAGAAAGCACACUAACUAACCAACCAACAAACAUGACGAAACAUGGCGCCGGCCUUUAGCGAGACGCACGGUUGAAAAGUAUGGCGAACUAAGUUAAGUCAGCGAAGUUUUACAGUUGUCUUCCUCAUUUUGCGCCAAACACAAGUUAGCAAGGCGGGCUAAAACACAGCAAGUUGCUUACAUGUCAACAUUGUCCCUCACGGCGGUGUAAACAGCCGUAUGCGUCAAGCCAUGAUCGAGGACAAGGGUCACCGUGUCACCGACUAUUUUGUGGUGGCCGGUCUAACGGACAAGUCGGCACCACUGGAGCAUGACCUCUCUGAGGCCAAGUCGAGCGGGCCCAAAGCGCCCAUCACCGACUUAGCAGUCAUCAACAAGUCGGCGGGCGAAGCGGUGCCCGAGGGCUUCACCUGCAUCGAUAGCACCCCCAGCGGCCAACCGGCCAACCUGAACCACGGCAGCCUGAAGAGUCCUGAGCUCUUCCUGUGCUACAAAAGGACACGAGGGAAGCCGCCUCUCAUAGACGUCGGCGUUCUCUACGAGGGCAAGGAGCGCCUCAUUCAGGGUUGCGAGGUCAUCCAGGCCACCCCGUACGGCCGCUGCGCCAAUGUCAACAACAGCUCCGCCACCUCACAGCGCAUCUUCAUCACCUUCCGCCGCGCGCCGCCCGUUCAGCCCCAGAACUCCCUGGCGGUGACCGACAUCUGCGUCAUCGUCACCAGCAAAGGCGAGACGCCGCCGCAUACGUUCUGCAAGGUGGACAAGAACCUCAACUGUGGCAUGUGGGGCUCCAGUGUGUUUCUGUGCUAUAAGAAGUCAGUGUCGGCAUCAAACUCCAUCACUUAUAAAGCUGGCCUCAUCUUUCGCUACCCAGAGGAAGACUACGAGUCUUUCCCCUUGUCAGAGUCCGUUCCUCUCUUCUGCUUGCCCAUGGGCGCCAAAAUUGAAUGCUGGGCGCCUAACACCCGAGACCCUCUCCCCAUCUUCUCCACUUUUGUCCUAACCAUCAGCUCCGGUGAAAAGGUGUACGGUUCGGCCAUUCAAUUCUACGAGCCAUACCCUGUGGAGCUCCUGAGUGAGAAGCAGAAGAUCCACCUGGGCCUGCUCACCACCGUAGAGAAGAAAAUGAUCCCCAACAGGGCUGUGAACACCAACAAAUGCAUCUGCUUGCUCUCCCGCUGGCCGUUCUUUGAGUCCUUCCGCAAGUUCCUCAUGUUCCUCUACAAGCUGUCCGUCUCUGGCCCGCACCCGCUCCCCAUUGAAAAGCAUAUUUCACACUUCUUGCACAAUGUGUCCUUUCCUUCACCGCAAAGACCGCGAAUCCUGGUCCAACUCUCUGCACACGACACCUUGAUCCUUUCCCAGCCCGUGUCGACACCUUUACCCCUCAGUGGAGCGGACUACAGCACCCUCUUGAUGAAUCUGGGCUCCGAGAACUGCGCCACACUUCUCCACUUUGUGUUGCUGGAAAGCAAGAUCUUACUUCACUCACUCCGGCCGGCGGUGCUCACAGGAGUGGCAGAGGCUGUGGUGGCAAUGAUCUUCCCCUUCCAGUGGCAGUGUCCAUACAUCCCACUGUGCCCCCUGUCCCUGGCGGGGGUUCUCAAUGCUCCUCUUCCUUUCAUUGUGGGCGUGGACUCCCGCUACUUUGACCUCUAUGACCCACCACCGGAUGUCGUUUGCGUGGAUCUGGACACCAACACCAUCUACUUGUCAGACGAGAAGAAGCACAAUAACUGGAAGAACCUCCCGAAGAAGCCCUGCAAGAGCCUCGUCAACACGCUGAGCAACCUGCACCACCAGCUGGCCACGGUUUCAGUCCGUCCAACAGCACAGACGGGCUCGGCAGUGGACAUGACCCCCAUCGAGGCCGACUUCACCUGGCACAAGAAGAAGACGGCCCUGGAGAUGGAAAUCCAGGAGGCCUUCCUGCGCUUCAUGGCUUCCAUUCUGAAGGGCUACCGCUCCUACCUCAAACCCAUCACCCAGGCCCCGUCGGAGAAGGCUACGGCCGCCGACUCCCUCUACGACCUGCAAGGUUUCCUCAAAAGCAGAGACCGUGCUCACCAGAAGUUCUACUCACAGCUCACCAAGACCCAAAUAUUCAUCCGCUUCAUCGAGGAGUGCACAUUUGUCAGCGACAAGGAUACCGGUUUGGCCUUUUUCGACGACUGUGUGGAGAAGCUUUUUCCCUCUGAUAAAAUCACCGAGAAGGGCACCAAGGUGGAAGGAGAGUCAUCAGAGGACACCAGACUGCUCGAGCUGGACGAGUCUCAGAAGAGCGAGCACACUGUCUUCGUGAUGCCUCCCGAGCCUCCAGCGGAGGACGGACAUGAGGCGCCCAAAAGAUACACUUACAAAGGUUUCCCCAGACUGACGAUGGAGCUGUUUGACCGUCCCCGUGAGUUACGGCCCGCAAUCAGCAGAGGAACAGCGGGCGCCAGUCUCUCCAGCAGCCCUGCUCUACUAGCCAAGCGCACCAAACAGGAGAUCAAACUGGCCUACAAGAUGGCAAAGCGCUUUUACUCAGACCCCCAGUUAUGGGCUCGAUGUCUGUUCAGCCACUGUUACAGCCUGUGGUUCAUCUGCCUGCCAGCUGCUCUAUGCCUCGCCAAGUCUAAGAGCCGUGCCAUGCAACAGGCGUACAAUGUUCUUUUGAAGAUGAGAACGACGGAGGUGGAGGUGUUGGAUGAGGUGUGUUACAGAGUGGUCAUGCAGCUCUGUGGCGUUUGGGGACUUCCCGUCAUGGCCGUGCGAGUACUGGUUGAGAUGAAGAAAGCCGGCGUUCAUCCCAAUGCCAUCACAUACGGAUACUACAAUAAGGCGGUCUUAGAGAGCCCAUGGCCGAGCAGAAACCGUAGUGGUCUCUUUAUGUGGACCAAGCUGCGCAACGUGCUGCGUGGGGUAGCUCAAUUCAAGAAAGCUGUUAACCGAUCUUCAUCGAGGAAGAAAGCCACAUUGUCAAACACAGGAGGGCCGUCCUUGAACCGUUUGAGCCAUUGCAGCGCCGACAGCUCCGGAGAAGUCAACAUGGAGGAGCACGUCACCGCAGACACGCCCUGUCACACAAGUAGCCAAUCUGAUCUAGGCUACGGCUCCAAGGAUGAGCUGCAUCAGGAACUUCCUGAGUCGUUGCAUACAGCUGCAGCCAAUGACAGAAGCAAAGCUAAAGCACAACAUAAUGAAGGUGAUGUUCCCGGAUCAGUGGAUUGUGCUGUUGCAGUGGCAGAUCUCCCUAGUCCCGUCGAUGCUCCCUCGUCUGUCCCCAGUAUAGUGAAACUGUCCACAGGGAGCCUUGAUGCUGGAAGAGAAUCGGGUAAGCUGUUCCGAAGAAAAAGCGCGACCGAUAACGUGUCUCUCCCCGAUGACGACGCCUCACUUGAAGCUGGUGACAUGGCAACUCAGCCUCAAAAGCAGCGGCAGAAAGCCUUCACGGAGCGCAACCGCAGCUUUAGUGCUGAAACGCGGGCCGGGAUGCUCUCCGAGAAAGGCGUAGACCACAUGGCCAGCCAACUUGGCGCAGACGCCCGCAUCCUGGCCGCUGCGCUCUCCACUGCACAGAUCCUUUCCCCUGGCAGUGUGUCCAAAGCUGUCUUCCAGGACCUGGAGGAAGAGCCAGAAGAUGAUCGGGGCAUGAUUGUGGGGAAUCGACCUGAUGAGGGAGGAGCAUCAGAAGAAGGAAACAGACUUGAAGAAAGGAUGGAUGAGAAAGAGGAAACAACAGAGAAGCGGGAGAGGAAACGUACUGAAACAAGUGAAGUGGAGGUGGGGGCGGAUCCUCUUUCCCUCCUGGUGUCAGAGAGCGAAGAGUCGGCGUCUGUCACCAGCCAGGAGCCUCCGCGCUCUGUGCCCACGGUGGUGUCCCGGAAUCUAGCCGAGGAAAUCGAAAUGUACAUGAACCUGAAAAGUCCACUGGGCAUCAAGUCCUCUAGCAUGGAGCUCAAGCAACCACAGGAUGACUCCGCCGAUGCCCAGCAGUCCAAACAACCACUCGAGCGCAGAUCCAGCCUUCCCGCACCUCCAUCGAAAACUCCGACGGGGUCGCCGGCAGACACACCCAAACGCAGUCCCUCCGCUGUCACCCGUUCGAAGACGUUUGCGGCGAAGACGAAGCCGGCCGCCAGCAAGGCCGCUAGUCCAGCUGUGAGAUCGUCUUCACUGACUGCACUUGUCAAAUCCUCCCAGGGGGGCUCACUUGGCUCUGUCAUCAACUCCAUCUCAGGCAUCAAGAUGGACAACUUGCUGUCUGGGCCUAAGAUUGAUGUGCUCAAAUCCGGAAUGAAGCAGGCGGCUAAUGUUGCUAGCAAAAUGUGGGUGGCCGUCGCUACAGCGUACUCCUACUCUGAUGAUGAGGAAGAACAAGUUCCAGCUGGAGGUGGUUUCCCUGCCCACCUGGAUGAAAACAUGUUGAUGGAUGUAGAUGACAGUCCAGACAGAGGGGCCAUCCCAGGGUUGGUUGCAAACGGUCUCAACCAGAGCUGCACCAGCAUCGGCAGCAGCAGCGGCAGCAGUGACACUGGAAGAGGGACGCAGCUAACACUCGCAACUCCGGGGCGAUCCGGCAGGGCUCCUGACUCUGAGCAAGGCUCCUCGCACCACGCUUCCUCUUCCAGCAUCUUCCAGAGCUAUGCACUAGAGGUCCUGAUGUCCAGCUGCUCCCAGUGUCGCUCAUGCGAGGGGCUUGUGUACGACGAAGAGAUCAUGGCGGGAUGGACGGCCAACGACUCCAACCUUAACACGAGUUGUCCGUUUUGUCGUGCAGCGUUUCUACCCCUGCUGCAUGUGGAGUUUCAUGACUUGCGUGCGGCAACCGGGUUCUACAUGAAUCCCAGUGCCUCAGGAGACAGUAUUCACAGCACCAGUGGACAACCCACAGCUCCCAGUGAUAUGAAGACACAGGACCUUGUUGAUUUCCCCACAGAGGAACAGAGACAGACUUUGGAUAACUGUCCUGGAACACAUAAGAGCCUGAUUCCAGAACCAGUGCAGUCAGACCCGCUGGGCCUGCUGGAGCACCAGGCGUCUGGCAAAAAAUGCGGUGGCACGUCGCUCACUCGCAGCAACAGCGUCGGCGGCCCACUGCAGGGCCUGGAUUCAUGUCUCGGACCCGGUCACGGUGUCUCUACCACCAGCCUCCCCUGCAGCCUACACGAGGUGUCGGAUGGAAUGACUGCAACGAGGCCGAACCCCAAGCCCGUGUCUGUGCCGUAUCUUAGCCCAUUGGUGCUGCGCAAGGAACUGGAGACCCUUCUGGAGAAUGAAGGAGAUCAGGUUAUUUACACCCACAAGUUUCUUAGCCAGCAUCCCAUCAUCUUCUGGAACCUCGUGUGGUAUUUCCGCCGUUUAGACCUUCCCAGUCACCUCCCUGGCCUCAUUCUGACCUCUGAACACUGCAACAACGGAACGCAGCUUCCCCUGACGUCACUGUCCCAGGACAGCAAGCAAGUGUACAUCCAGCUGCUGUGGGACAACAUCAAUCUGCACCAGGAAGCAGGAGAACCCCUCUACCUGCUUUGGAGGACCUUAUUGGAAAAGAAGGGGACAUUGGCGCCGACGGACCACCAGGAAAUCCGUACGCUCCUCAACACCAUUGUCCGAAACAUCCAGACCAAUGACGUGUACGGGCCCAUCAAUCUGCUGAUCCGAGAGAUAAAACGACGUCCAAAGGACAUCAAGCGGCAAAGGAGUAUUUAUAGAGAAAUAUUGUUUCUCUCACUUGUGGCCUUGGGUCGGGAGAACAUUGACGUCGAGGCCUUCGACCGGGAGUACCUGGUGGCCUACGAGGAGCUUAGCGCAGAGCAACUCAAAUCUCUGGAACGCAUCGACCGGCCGCCCAGCGCCAGCGUGCAGCGAUGCCUCCGAUGUUUUGGCACCCCAUUCAUCUAGUCUGUUAUUAUCGGGACACCUGCACGGUACACCCCAUGGGGAUACAACUGUUUCCCUGAACUGUUGACCUUAAAGUGUAUGUGUGUAUGUGUGUGUGUGUGUGUGUGUGUGUGUGUGUGUGUGUGUAGUGCUCCAUUGUCUUAUCGCCUGAUGCUGACUGUUCUUAGUGCACUUUCUAAAACAAAAAACAAAAAAACUCAAACUCAUGUACAUAUUGUUUUUAAAUGGGGGGGCGUGGGGUGGGGGCACACACUUUUUGCAGCCUUUCCUGUGUGAUUUAAGUCUUAAUGGAUUUUCAGUGCCAGCGAGUAGGACUUGGGAUUUGUGUAAAUAUGUGUCGACAGCACAAACAGGAGAAGUCACAGACAAUCGUUAAUUAAAACACACGGUGGGCAUGUGGGCAUGCCUUUUAUCUUAUUCACUCCUGCUAUUCCUGACUCAGAGUUCAUGUAUGUUUUUUUUUUUUUACAGUUUCCUCACAGCAGCUUUUCUCGGGGCUUUUCAUUACUGCUGUUUUAUUUAGAAAACAUUCCAUGAAAACAUGGACAAAAUCGAACAUCCCAUCCCCCCACAGUCUUAACUUUGUCCUCCAAAACAACCAAACAUAAAGAGUUUCUUUAUUUAUUUUUGUACUAUUGACAUGCAGUCGGUGUUUUUUUAAUGGCUAAUAACCCUUUUAAUGUGUUAUGAGAUUAAACCCUGUACUAAUUAAAUGAAAAAUAGUGAUAUCUCACCGUCCUGUGGAAAGGAAUGUAAUGUCUACACAGAGGUAUGCUGCAAUAAAACAAGUAUGUCGCCAGACUGAAAAUAAAAUGUUGUUUCUAUUGUACAGUGUAGUAGUUUAGCUUAGACACGCGAUAUAUUUUGUCUAAUCAGGAAAUAAAUACCCACAAUGUACAGAUUUUUUUUCUUUGAAAACACACCUAAGUUGAUAUUAAUGUACAAAUAUGUGAUUAUGGAGAAACUGCACAGCAUCCAAUCCAUAAAAAGCCUUGGGAACUACACUUCCUGUAAGACGCUAAAGUGAAAAUUGCACAAAAAUAUAAAAUGCAACACUUAUGGUUUGCUCCCAAAUCCAAAACCUAUACCAAAAGCCUAUGCAUAUUUUGAAUCGGCCUUUUAUUGUAGCCAACCUAAGACACAAAUGUGCAAAAGACAUGCUAUUUAAUCAGCAUCUUGGAUGAGGUGGAUGAAUUAUGAAUGCUCACUAAGAUUUAGAUUUUUAACAAUAUUUGACACAGAGAUAUGCUUUUUGUGUACAUGGACAAAGUUUUACAAGAAAAAAAUAAAAGGGCGUGCAUAGGAAAAAAAUACUCAAAGAAGAAAAAAGAACUAAAUAAUUUCAUAAGCUUGAAAAUUAGUAUCGUUAUGGGCAAUAAUAACUGUGAAUUUCUUUGGAAUGGGUGGUGAAUGCAUAUUUUAGAAAAGGAAUUGAAACGUACAGACAGCAACGUUGCAGCGCCCCACAGUGGUCCAGAACGGCAUUACCCAUCUCCAAGACUUUCACUGACUGUGCCAUUUUUAGAGGGACCUGACAAAAUAUUGGUACUGGGAUUCGGGACAGCAAGACCUCUCUUUGCUUGCCUUGGCUCUGUUAUUAACACAGUAUCCCUUCACAGACUCAUAAUUAAAUUACUGUGCUUCUCUCAUACCAGAGUAGGUCCCCAUCUGUCCAUGGCCUCCAGCCUCAUCUCUCUCUAUUAUGUGACUGUGUCAGCACCCACCUAGACAAUGCAAGUCAUUAAAAUACCACCAUGCUGGACCACAUCUCCUGUAGUGAUUACAUGGCAUACAUAGAGGUGAUGGGGUCGGUGUGGAAGACAACUUGGUCCUGAGAACUGAUUGGCAAUU